AUGGGUGUAAAAGACAAGAAGGCAAAGAAGGCGGAGCAAAAGGCUCGUGCUACAGCCAAACAGGCGAAGAAGGCAGCGCAGAAGGAAAAGAAGGGCAAAGCAAAAAGCAACGCACAAGACGACAGUGACGCAGAGGAUGUUGACUUAGAUGCCGUGUUAGCAGCCUAUGCUGAGGAGCAGGCGAAAUUCUUGAAGGUUACAGAAGCCAGCAGUAACCCACCAAGACCUCGUUCGUCUUCCACACUGAUUGCAUCACCGUCAAAUCGAAACGAGCUUUUCGUCUUUGGGGGUGAAUUUUAUGAUGGGGCUCUGGCUUCUUUUUUCAACAAUCUAUAUGUCUAUCUAAUUGAUAGAAACGAGUGGCGAGAGGUGACAAGUCCGAAUAGUCCGCUACCAAGAAGUGGGCAUGCGUGGUGUCGAGGAGGGAACGCUGGAGGAAUUUAUCUUUUUGGAGGAGAAUUUUCUUCCCCAAAACAGGGGACUUUCUAUCAUUACAAUGAUUUUUGGCAUUUGGACCCCUCCACCAGGGAAUGGACUCGGUUGGAAACUAAAAGCAAGGGCCCUCCAGCACGCAGUGGACAUAGAAUGACAUAUUUCAAGAACUACAUUAUUCUGUUUGGCGGUUUUCAGGAUACCUCGCAACAAACAAAGUACCUCCAAGACUUAUGGAUCUAUGAUUGUUUGAAAUAUACCUGGUAUAACCCAGUUUUACCACCUGCAUCACAAAAACCUGAUGCUCGCUCCUCUUUUUCUCUUCUUCCCCAUGAAGCGGGCGCUGUUGUCUACGGAGGCUACUCAAGAGUCAAAAUGUCUGUUACAGCUGGAAAGGGCCAGAAGGGUGGCCCUCAGCGUAUGGCAUUGAAGCCUGUAGUGCACCAGGAUACGUGGUUCCUCCGCAUCACGCCUCCGACAGCUGAUGCACCAGCGAACACGCAGCCAACCGUCCGAUGGGAGCGUAGAAAGAAGCCUGCCAAUCCCCCAAACCCACCCCGAGCAGGAGUGACUAUGGCAUAUCAUAAAGGACGUGGGAUUCUUUUUGGUGGUGUUCAUGAUGUCGAAGCGACGGAGGAAGGCAUUGAUAGUGAGUUCUUUGACCUCCUAUACGCUUGGAAUGUAGAACGCAAUCGUUUCUUUCAGCUGUCACUGCGAAGACCGAGAGCCGGGAAUAAGAAACAACAAACUGCAUCUCAGAUGGCAAAAUCACGCAAUCGAACCAGGGCAGAUGAAGAGGAGCUCCUUCAAAAUCUAGCUCGUUUGGAGGCAAAAGGUGGCUUAACACCAGACAUUCAAGAAAUGGACAUCGACACGGCGACAAAAGAAGAUGAGGAAACCGAGGCAAAACUAUCUUUACCAGUUAAAUUUGAAAUGCCUCACCCGAGGUUCAAUGCGCAACUUGCUGUGCAAGAAGACACGCUAUUUAUCUUUGGCGGGACAUUUGAGCGCAAUGACCAAGAAUUCACGUUCAACGACUUGUACUCGAUAGACCUGAUGAAGCUCGAUGGUGUCAAAGAGAUCUUCUACGAAGAACCUGAACACUGGAAUGAUAUUGCCGAGGCAGAGAGCGACGAAGAAAUGGAAGAAGACGAAAUAGAAGAAAGCGAUAACGAAGAGGAAGAUACUGAGUCUGCCUACGCUCCGUCUACUGUCCCAACUGAAGUCACAGAGGCGACCCCUAUGGAGACGGACGCGGAUCAGGAACUAACGGAGCCUCAGCCUCAAGAUUCACGUCCUCAUCCGCGGCCGUUUGAGAAUUUACGAGAUUUUUAUACCAGGACUUCAACAGAAUGGCAAGAAUUACUGCUGGCCAAACUUAGAGACAGCGAUUCAGCAACUGAAAAGACCAUCAAGGAGUUGAGAAAGGACGCAUUUGAUUUAGCAGAAGAAAAAUGGUGGGAUUGCCGGGAGGAAAUCACUGCUCUAGAGGACGAACAGGAAGAGGCUGGUAUUGGUGAAGUCGUCAGCAUGUCUGAAAGAGGAGAUAUCCCAUCCGCUGGGAGACGAAGAUGA